AUGAGGUUCUCGAAACGCAAAAGCGGAGUACACAAAAAGGCUAGCGACUUGGUCACUCUGACUGGUUGCCAAAUCGCGGUUCUUAUAUACUCCCCUGCAGGAAAGCCUUACUCCUUUGGCAAUCCAUCUGUGGAUGAAGUUGCAACCCGGUACCUUAAUGAAUCUCCUAUUAUUCAUGACCAUAACAGUUUCUUUCAAGCCAAGUUUGCGGAGCUGAAUCAGACCCUAAAUGAGUCACUCAAGGCUAUAGAAGAAAUCAAGGGGAAACAAAAGGCUCUCAAACCAAAACUUGAGGGAAUACCGAUGAACAAGCUGUGUGACGUCGAGCAUGCUAGCAAGGAAGAGCUAAGGAAGAUGGAGUCGGAUUGCAUGGAGCUUCUUGCAAAACUUGAAAUAAGGAAGAAAGACAUUAUGGAUUAA